ACUCGAUUACCGCGGAAGCAUUUAAGUAGGAAAAAAAUGCCUUUCAAAAUGGGACCCGCGCCGAUUAGGCGCACUUUACAGUAUUUGCAAAAAGGAAGAUUAGUUUUUAAAGAUCGAGUUAAGAUAUUUAGUAUUAAUUUCAAUCGCGACGGCGAUCUUCACCAAGGUGCCAGGGAUUUUGUUUUUUGGCAUUUGGCCCAACUACAGUAUAAAAAUCCUAGCAUUCAAGUGGUGGUUCUUAACGAGAUGACACCGAAUCCUUUUAUUAGGUGUUGGUUUGAGGACUCAAAAGAUAUUGUUAUGGAUAUAGAAGGAAAGACAAAAGACGAAAUCUUGAACCACUUAAUAAGAAUUUUAGGCAAAUCUGAUGACAUCCUGGCUGAAGCAGAAAAGCAGAAAGAGAAGAAAGACAAUCCUGCCAACUUUGGAAUAGGAUGCGACAGGCACUGCAUGUGUGAGAUUCUGGGUCAGGUUCCUUGUCCUAGUGUUGUUGUUCUCCCAAAACACAUGCGAGGAAAAUUUAGAAAUUUGGAAGAGUGAAUGUUUUUAAAUGAAAUUUGUAUAGUAAUGCAAUUUAAAAAGUGAAAUAAUUACAUCACAAAUAAAUAUAGUUUUUUUUAAAUCCUACUACAAUAUUCAGAGCUGAGUCUAUUGUACUUGAUGGAAAAAGGAAUUAUUAUUUAAUAAAAGUUAAUUAGUUACUUUUA